AUGGCGACCCCGCAAGCGAAACGUCGCCGGCUAAAUGAAGCCACCAAGACGCUCCAGAAGCCGUUCAAAUCGCCGUUCCGCACGCCCUUGAAGCCUAGCAUUGGAGACGAUCCGCCAUCCUCAGAUCCGCCUGAGCUACACACUCCUGCCCGCAAGGCCUCGGAGACAAAUUUCAACACUGCCAGGAAUAUCGCUCCUGCGAGCCAUUAUGCACAGCACUCAACCACCGCUGAGCCUUCUACACGGCCACUGCCAACGCCGGCAACGUCCAAGGUGACAGCACGUGUCUCGAAAACUCUCGUCUCACGGCCAAACACAACCACACCUUUGCGGCUCGCUUCGAAGAAGACAGCAUCGAAACCCUCAGUUGCACGCGAGAUCAUGCAACUCCGCAAUGAGAUCCAGAUGCUUACACAAGCUCAGACCCUCGCUACCUCUACAAAAGACGACGACUUGGUUAUGCUAAUAGACAAAUGGCGCACAGCGAGUCGUGCAGCUGCCGAAGAGUUGUUUGGAAGUACUCGAGACAGGGUCAAUAGAAUGGGAGGGGUAGGCGCGUGGAAGGAACGUGAGAAGGAAUCAAAAGAACGGCAGAUGCAAUGGGAUAAGGAAGAGAUGGAGGCAGAGCGAGAGAAGAUGGAAAAAGCCAAAGAGAGCGGAGAUGUCUCGGAAGAAGAGUAUGAUCGGUAUGCUGAGAUGGAUUCGGAGAGAGAGAAAGGAGAAGAGGAGAAGGAGACGUUCAAGUGCGCAGACGACGAUUCGUUUACGAUGGACAUGAUGCUCAAGACACUCAACAUCGACCUCAAGCUCAUCGGUUACAACAAGGAAGCGCAAAGGUGGGAUGGAUGA